AGAAGCUGCUGAAUAGUCUGCGGCUCAUUAGCGGGGGGGGCUGAUGUGUCCAUUUUCUGGGGAACCUGUCCGUCGUAGUACCAGUGUGGCAGGGCAACCGCCGGGCUAUCCAGCCUGGCCUGCAGCUGCAACUGUUGUGCGUCCAGUUUUUGGUUUUCUGCCUCUUGCUGCCAAAAGACACGAAGCUGGAGUUGCUGCUACUGCAGUAUUUGCUGCUGCUGACAGCAAAGCUGGUGUUGCCAUUGCAAAUGCAGGUGUUGAAGCAGCAUUUGCUGCUGUACAAGCCUCUCCUGGAGCUGCUGAUGUUGAUACUGUGCUAGCUGUGCAUGGAGCAGCUGGCGGAGUUGUUCGUCACAGUUAUUGUGUUGGAGGAGGGGCUGUUGGUUCUGUUGCCGGCUCUGCAUUUGCAUUUCCAUUUGCGCCUGCGGGAGGUUUUGGCCGUCUCCUUCCAUUUGGUAUUGCAGUUGUGCUCCCUGCUGUCCAGGUGCUUGCGUUUGUGAAUACACCUGUGGUGCCAGCUGUGACAGCGUUAGGUCAGGCGUGGGGGGUGGCUCUGCAGGUGGGCCUUCCGUUGGCAUGCAAAUGUGGGUGUCAACGGUGGGCAGCGACUGUUGACUCUCGGGAAGGUGCUCCUCAGACAACGACUAUUGGUGCCUGGUGUUCAGCUGGUGGAAAGCCCCUGCGGCGGGCAGUGGGUCGUCCUCUUCGGGUGGACGGGGGCGACUGUAGUGUUCGGGGUUUUCCUGGGGAGUAAUCAGCAGGAACUUACGUUCCCCGGUAAGUUCCGACACCACCUCCUUGAGUCGUGCGGAGUGAGGCCCAUUCCCUU